AGUUUACAGCACAACUUUGACUGCCUCCACAGCAGAGCAGUCAGCGUGUUGUGUUGCGAGAUCCAGAGCAGGAGCAGGCAAAACAGGCGGAGGGACCUUUCGGGCACCACUUGCACUUCUGCGCCUCUCCAAGAGAGGCACACUGGACGUCGACCGAUUGUUGUGUUUACCUCUUUCUAUUUUUUUUCUUUCUAAUUUUUAUUCCCCACGUGUAAUCAUGGACGAGCCACAGAAGAACAAGACACACAAGAACAAGACCGUCGGCAACAAGGCCGCGAAGAAAGAUGCGGUGCGCAAAAAGCGCUCGGGCAUCGACCUCGAGCCGAACCGCGGCAGCAAUGUGAAGGCCUUCCAAGGCGUCAGCGCUGGUAGCCACAAGGCGCAGAAGUUCUUCCGCUCCAUCGAGAAGAAAGAGACGGCGCUGCAUGUGCCGACGAUGGACAAGACGCUGCGCCACAUCGUGGCGGAGCCGCCGCUGCUGGUGGCGGUGGUCGGCCCUCCAGGCGUGGGGAAGACGACCCUGAUCCGCUCCAUGGUGAAGUUUUAUGCGAACCGCAACUUAACUACGGUGCGCGGCCCCAUCACCGUCAUCGCCGGCCGCUCCCGCCGCAUCACGUUUAUGGAGUGCCCGAACACGCUGUCCUCGAUGUGUGAUGUGGCGAAGGUGGCGGAUUUGGUGCUGCUCAUGGUGGACGGCAGCUACGGCUUCGAGAUGGAGACGUUCGAGUUCCUGAACAUUUCGCAGGUGCACGGCUUUCCAAAAAUGUACGGCGUCGUCUCCCACCUGGACCUGCUCAAGUCGGGCAAGUCGCUAAAGAAGCGCAAGAAGUUCUUGCGGCAUCGCUUCUGGCACGAGGUCGCUGCCGGGGCGAAGCUGAUCUGCCUCUCUCCGAUGGUGCGUGGGGUGUACCGGCCGACGGACGUGCUGAACCUGCACCGCCUUCUGAUCUGUGUCGAGCCGAAGAUUCAGGCCUGGCGUAACACCCACAGCUGCGUUGUGAUGGACCGCAUGGAGGACAUCACAGACCCGGACGUUGUGGCCGCCGCCCCGCUCCACGCCCGCAGCGUCGCUUUCUACGGCUACGCGCGUGGCAAGCCGAUGAAGCCCGGGCAACUGGUCCACGUCCCGGGUCUGGGCGACUUUCCAGUGGAGCACCUCUCCUACCAGGAGGACCCCUGCCAACUGGACAAGUUUAGCGCCGACGGCAAGGAGGGCGGCAACCACCGUAUGCGCCACCUGAGCCUGAAACAGAAAAAGCUGUACGCGCCGUACUGCGACGUGGGUGGGGUCAGCUACGAUGAUGACGCCAUCUACAUCCAGGAAGACGGUGAGAAGGGCGCGAUUGAACGCAGCGGUGAGGGCUUGCAGCUGCUGCGUGAGCUCCAGCACGUGCGGCACCCCAUGGAUGCUGCGCAGACCCAACUGCGCGUUGUGCAACGUCGUCCAGUGAAUUUCCGCGACGAGGACACAAUGGAGCUAGAGGUGGACGACGUGAACAUGCCGUCAGACGCGGAGGAUCACGACGAUGACGAGGACUGGUCGUCUGCCGAUGAAGCGGACCGCAACGAUGUCGUGGUCGCACUGGGCGAGGACGAGGCGGAUCCUUCCCGCCGUCCCGGGAGCCCGAAGUUGUCGGACUUUGGUGUCUCGGUCGGAGAGAACGCUGCGGAGAAGGGCGCGAUGGGCGAGAGCAGUGACAGCGGCGAAGACGGCGGUGCGGCGUUGGCCCCGCGCCUGCUGAACGACCUCGAUGCGAUUCGCCUCAACACGAUCCGCUACAACUGGGACGACCCGGCCACCUUACGCUCCUUGAAGGACUUGUGCGUGACGGGGAACUGGGAGGCAGGGGCAGACGGCGAGGACGAGGAGAAGGACGAGGAGGGGAGCAAGGGCUACGACAGCAACGACGACGACUUUGACAUGAAGGCACGUGGCGAGAAACCCAUCCGUCACUCUCGCGGCGGCGGCCCCACCUCGUCGCACGGGUCCGGCGGGGAGGAGGAGACGGAGGGCAACGAGAGUGUUGAUGGCGACGACGAGGAUGACGACAUCGGCUUGUGCAGCAAGAGCACGAAGGGUGGCGGUAACAUGGCCGCCCCGAGGCGAGCGAACGCGCUCGCGUCCAUUGGGUACGGUACGAGUGGCGCUAGCGGUGGUGGCGGCUCCAGCAAUGGGCGGCACUACGGUCUCUCCACCGCUGCAUCGCCUGGCGACACGGACGCCGACGACCCCUACGCGGGCUUCAACAUCCUCGAAGACAACAACGAUGAGGACGCCGACGACGAGGGCGGCGAGGUGGCGAACCACCGCAGCGGAGAUCAGGAGAUGGACAACCUUGUUUCGAGCUUUCUCAGCCGCAAUAAGACGUCGAAUAGUAGCAGCGGUGGCGGUGGCGGCGCAUCGCCGUUCUCAUCCUCUGUCACCGGGGCGCUGGCGGGUCUGCAGGGCGAUGACGGCAUUGCCUUCUUCGACGAGGCGCACCGCUACGACCGCGACGAGACGGAGGGCGACGCGGCACGUCGGCCCCGCCGCAGCGGCCGCAACGUGAACGCCGAAGCGGAGCGACUGGCCGCCGCCGACGCCGAAGCGGAGGCCGCCGUGCAGCACGGCGCCAGCUUAACCGAGGAGCAGGAGCGCCUGCUGCAGAAGAAGAUGGCGAAGAAGAACGCCUUCAACAGCGCGUAUGACACCGGCGACGCCGAGGGCGGCAAGAACACCACCUUCAGCUACUACCACAAGCUGAAUCGUCAGGUGGAGGAGAAGAGGGAGCGCAUCAACGAGGCGCUGGACGAGGUCGGCGAUGACGUGGACAAGAAGAUUCAGCUGGUCGGUUACUUCAGCGGGUUGUACGUGCGCAUGGUGCUGAAGAACAUCCCCGUGGAGUUUCUCACGAACUUCGAUCCCACCGUGCCCCUCAUCGCUGGUGGCGUCAAUGCGGGCGAGGAUGAGUUCCGCAUCGUCCAGGCUCGCAUCAAGCGUCAUCGGUGGUACCCGAAGAUUCUGAAGGCGCAGGAUCCGCUGCUGCUCUCGAUGGGCUGGCGCCGCUUCCAGACACAGCCGAUCUUUUCGACCGAGGAUCCGAAUGGGCGGUGCCGGUACCUCAAGUACACCCCGUUGCACAUGCACUGCCUCGCUGCCUUCUACGCCCCUGUGGCGCCACCGAACACCGGUUUCCUCGCCAUCCCCGUGCGCGACCCGCGUGUGGCGUCAUUCCGCAUCCCCUGCACCGGCUACACCAUCGGCAACGACGUCUCCACUUCUAUUGUCAAGAAGCUGAAGCUGACCGGCACGCCCGCCAAGAUCGAGAAGACGACUGCGUUUGUUAAAGGCAUGUUUAGCAGCGACCUGGAGGCGGCGAAGUUUAUCGGGGCGAAGGUCAAGGCGGUGUCUGGCAUCCGCGGUAUCAUCAAGUCUGUGCUGAAGGGCAAGAACGGACUGGUGCGCGCCACCUUCGAGGAUAAGAUCUUUCCGUCUGACAUCGUCUUUAUUCGUGCGUGGAAGUCCGUGGAGCCGCCGCGGUACUGCAGCAUGCAGCGCAACUUGGUGGAUCCUCAGUGGGUGGGCAUGCGCACCAUGCGCCAGCUGCGCCUGGAUUACAACGUGCCACAGCCCGUCAAUCCCGACUCCGAGUACCGCGAGAUCAAACGUCGCCACCGCGUCGCUGAGGAGGACGAGGACCCGGAGAAGCAGAAGGUCCUGCUCUCCCGCAAUCUCAAGAUGCAGCUGCCCUACGAUAUGAAGGAGGACUUCAUCCCCAUCAGCAAGAGCACGGCGCUGCAGGAGCGCAUUAAAGGAGCCACAACGGUCGCCCCCGAGCCGCGGGAGCAGCGUCGACAGGCCCUCCUCGACACCUUCGCGGAUCGUGCCGACGCCAUGACGCAGAAGAAGGACGCGGCGAAGAAAAGGGCGCGGGAGCGGGCGGCAAAGGAGAUGGCGAAGGAGCAAGAGGUGUACCUGCAGGGGCUUAAGAAGGCGAAGAAGGAUACGGCACGCAUUCGCGAGUUCAGCACCCAACACAAGUCACGCAAGUAA